UUUUUCAUUUUUGAUCUGUUUUGAGAGUGACUGAAUGCUAAAUCAACAGAUUUUGCAGUCAUUAGCAUAUCAGUAGUGCGAAAAAGCCUUCUUGUUUUUUAGCAAAAAGCGAGAGAGAGGGAAGGGGGGCGGGGGCCUCACCAAUGGCCAAUAUCAGUCCAAAAUUUUUGUGGUCCUUCUUUGCUACUCUUGCUCAAAUUGCAUUAUACCUCAUAUAGCACUUCCUAUAUAGACCUAACAGUGCCUUUAAAAAUUGCACCAGAAAAUCAAUAGUUUUUGACAAUACCCAGGAAAAUGCUUCCUAUCCUGUUUCUUGUUGCUCUCUUAUUCUUUCCAUCCUCUCAAGCUGCAGAUUUCUGUGUUGCAAAACUAAAAGGUGCUGGUAAUCCUUCAGGAUACGCCUGCAGGAACCCUGCAAUUGUCACAGUUGAUGAUUUUGUAUUCAAGGGUCUAGGUGUUGCUGGUAACACUACAAAUAUUAUCAGUGCUGCUGUGACACCAGCUUUCGUGCAGCAAUUUCCGGGCGUAAAUGGUCUUGGCCUAUCCACUGCACGUCUAGACCUUGCACCAGGGGGUGUCAUCCCUAUGCACACUCACCCUGCUGCCUCUGAAAUUCUCUUUGUGGUCACUGGAAAAAUUACUGCUGGAUUCAUUUCAUCAUCUGCAAAUAUGGUUUAUGUAAAAACUCUAAAUAAAGGUGAUGUUAUGAUUUUUCCACAAGGGCUGCUUCAUUUUCAGAUAAAUGCUGGUGGGACAGCAGCAGUUGCUGUUGUUAGCUUCAAUAGUCCUGAACCUGGUCUGCAAAUUACCGAUUUUGCAUUGUUCGGCAAUAGCUUGCCUUCAAAAUUGGUGGAGAAAACAACUUUUCUGGAUGAUGCUCAAGUCAAGAAGCUCAAGGGUGUCCUUGGUGGUACUGGCUAGUCUUGUUAAAAUUGUUUCUUGCUCAUAUCUCUUCUUUGGUGUGUUGUAGUUGGACUAGUUAAUGUGGUUUUAUUCUUUGGUCUGUGCAUGUUUCUGAUUGUAAGCUAAGCAAUUAUGCGCCGAGGAUCUGAGAUUUUUCUUAAGCACUCAAAGAUGAUUGUAUUUUGUUGUAUCUUGUUAUCUUAGAAUUAUUUUGCCAGUCAAAGUUCAUCGUGAAUGCUCUUCAUGUAUGGAAUGCUGUUCUGGUGAAGUAAGAUUGUUAAUGUAUUAAAGUCUUUCUAGUUAAUGUACUGACCUGUUUAAAA